AUGAAAAUUAGUGAUGUUAUAAAUGACUAUAAAUCACUUGAAAGUAAUAAACUGAAAAAUAGUGAUAUAAUUAGCAAACAAAUUAGCAAUGAUCGUAUAUUGGAAGAAUUCGAAAUAAAAAAUAAGAUAAGGAAAGUAUGUCUAGGUAUUCCAACAAAGGAUUUAGAAGUAAAAAAUAUUUUAAGAUUGUUAAAAGAACCUAUUUGUUUAUUUGCGGAAGAUAAUUAUGAUAAAAGAAACAGAUUAAAACAUAUUUUAGUCACCAGAUAUGAUAAAUUGAUAAUAAAAAACAAAGGAGAAAAUAUAGAAGUCGAAGAAUUUAAAAAUAUUUUAAAAAAAUAUUAUAUUGAUUUUAGUAAACUUUAUGAUACAACUUCACCAGAAUAUCAAAAAGUAAAUGAACUUGAAGAUGAAUUGCGAAAUAAAGGAAUAAAAAAAGAUGAUGCUACUACAAAAAGCGGUAUAUCUGAUAAUAUAUUAAAAGAUAAAUUUUACACUGAAAGUACAGAAGAAUUAAAAUUAUCUCGUAUAAAUAUAACAUUAAAAACGUUACCUAGAAUAUAUUUAUAUAAAGAAAUGAUAAAUAAUUUUCAAAAUAAAUAUUCACGAGAACAGUAUGAAAAUUAUAUUAGUUCAUAUAAUGAACAUAUAAAAUCAGAAUUAGAUUUAUAUAUUUCACAAUUAGGAGAUAGCAGACCAUUAACUAUGGGAAAAUUUUCGCCAGAUAAUAGUGUAUUUGCAGUAAGUAGUUACAAUACAUAUAUAAAUAUAUUUAAUUUUAAAAAUGAUAAUUAUAAUCUUGUUAAAACGCUUAAAAAUGGUCAUGUUGAUAAAAUAAAUUGUGUUGAAUGGAAUUAUCCAAAUAAUUAUUCAUAUUACAGUACAACUAAUUAUACUGAUAUAAAUAAAAGUGACUUGUUAUUGGCUUCCUGCUCAUCUGAUAAAACAUUCUGUAUAUGGAAGCCAUUUUUAUACGAAACAAAUGAUGGUAAUAAUUCUUCUGAAAAUUAUUCUAAUCUAUCCAAUAAAAGUGACCCCAAUGAUAACAACGAUGGAAAGAAGGGGGGGGUAAAAAAAAUGAAAAAAAAUGAAAAAAAAAAUAAUACCCAGGAAAAUGCGAACGAAAAUGAUGAAACUGGUAGCGAAGACAUAAAUAACAAUGGGAAUAGCAAGCACCCUUUACUAUGUAAAGUUAAGGCUCAUGAUGAUAGAAUAAAUAAAAUAUGUUUUCAUCCUUUAAAUAAGUUUGUAUUAACAUGUUCAGAAGAUGAAACAAUAAAAUUUUUUGAUAUCGAAACACAAAAUGAAUUGUUUUAUCAAGAAGGUCAUAAUUCUAAUGUAUAUUCAGCUACAUUUAACCCAUACGGAAAUUUAUAUUUAUCAGGCGAUUCAAAAGGUGGUUUAAUGCUAUGGGAUAUUAGAACAGGAAGAAAUAUCGAAAGAAAACAUAUGAUUCAUAAUAAUUGUAUAAUGAAUAUAAGUUUUAAUCCAUUUAUGCCAAAUAUGUUUUGUACAUGUUCUUCUGAUAAUACCAUCAAAAUAUUUGAUUUAAGAAAUUUCCAAGUUUCCUGUAAUAUAUUAGCACAUAAUAAAAUUGUUACUGAUGCGAUUUUUGAACCAGCAUAUGGCAGAUAUAUAGCAUCAAGUUCAUUUGAUACUUAUAUAAAAAUAUGGGAUACUGUAAACUUUUAUUGUACGAAAAUUUUAUGCAAUAAUGACAAUAAAGUCAGAAAUGUGGAUAUAUCUCCUGAUGGCAAUUUGAUUUCUUGCACAUCUUUUGAUAGGACAUGGAAAUUGUACAAAAUCGAAGAAUUCGAAAAGGAUAAUAUUAUGUCGGAUUUUUUUUAA